AGGUUCUCGAACACCGCCGAGUGAUGUGGGUCAGCUGACUGUGAGACUCGGUCGCCACUUCGUCCUUUGGUGAAACGUUUCUACGUUUGAUGAAUAAAAGCUAAAGACGCGUUUGGUCGGAUUGAGACAUGCCGUCGCUUCUGUUCUGCGGGCCGAAGUUGGCCGCCUGCGGAAUAGUGAUAAGCAUCUGGGGAGUCAUCAUGCUGGCAUUGCUGGGAAUCUUCUUCAGUGCGAAGUCGGCCGUCCUGAUUGAGGACGUCCCGUUCACUGAGGAAGAUAUUCACAACGAUAAAAAUCCCCCUCAGAAGAUCUACAGCCUCUACAACCAAGUCGGCAUCAACUGCUUCAUCGCCGCUGGCAUCUAUGUGGUGGUGGGUGCUGUCUCGCUCUGUCAGGUCCGACUGAACAAACGUCAGGAGUACAUGGUCACAUAGAACUGACCUCUGACCCCCAACCCCGGCUGCUGCAGUUACUUCCUGUUCAUAUCGCCCGGAGGGGUGGGGCGUUGCCUGGGUUAUUUAUUUUAUUUUUGUUUGUUGUGAAGUUUGUUGUUGUUGGAUGAAAUUUUCAUUCUUGUAAUUUCUGAAUUUGACCAAACAGACUUUAAAUCUUGUGCAUGUCAUCUCAGCGCUGAACCAGAUUAUCGUAAUGAGUGUGAAGCCAGGAGCGAGUUGAGUUCCGCUGCAGGAGCUCACGUCAUCCUGCCGUUUGCUGUAUUUUCUGCCUCUGCCCUUUGGCAGAAACGUCAGUGUGACAGUUAAUCCUAUGAACAUGUGCUUUGUAUCAAUCUGUAAAAUUAAGUGUGGUUAAACCAAGAUGGUGAAUAAUCUGCAAUAAACUGUGUGUGGAAAAAUAAGA